GCAUUCACAUAUCUAGUACAGUGGCAGUGGCGAGAUGCCUUGGAUUUUAUUUUGGCUCACUAUGAUCGCUGUCUAUUCAUUCAAUUCAGCUGGCGACCGCAUUUUUAAUGGCAUACAGGUGAAUGUCAAAGUCAGCCCUUAUAUCGUGUCGGUGCAACUAUCGGGUGCGCAUAUAUGUGGUGGCAGUAUAAUUAGCGAAAGCGUAGUGUUGACUGCGGCGCAUUGCUUCCAAAAGGAGAGCAACGCAAACAAGUACAGCAUUCAGUAUGGAGUUACACAUAUUGGCGGCACAGAAAAUAUAAUUCGGGUAUCAAGCUUCCGCAGACACCCGAAAUUUAAUGACUUAAGUAAAGACUACGAUGUCGGUUUGUUAUACCUCGUCGCAGCCAUUACAGCUUAUCGCCCCAUCGCAUUAGCUGGUUAUAGACCAAGAAUUGGAACUGCAGCUCUGGUUUCGGGCUGGGGCGUAGUCGAGGAAGAUGGUGAACUACAGACGAGUUUACGUGCAGUCACCGUGCAUACUGUUAGGCAAUUGGACUGUUCAAGAAAGUACAAACCAGUUAGAAUUACACCACGAAUGCUGUGCGCUGGCGAGCCUUUUGGCGGUAAAGAUGCGUGUAUCGGUGACUCUGGUGGUCCACUGGUGGUAGAUGGUGUACAAGUGGGAAUCGUAUCGUUCGGCACGGGUUGUGGGCGUAGAGAGUUCCCGGGUGUCUACACCAACGUUGCAAUGUUGCGAAGUUGGAUCAGAACUUAUAUGAUGCGGAAGCCGGGAUUGUAUUAGUUAACGCUUUUAAAGCUUGACUUUUCGAGGACACACAGAUAGUAAAUAAAAUACUAGUUGAGGUUAAGUAGCUUUUCUGAUGAUAUUUGGUAUCCUAAUUUAAGUCAGUUUUAACUAUGAAACUAAAUCAGUUUUUAAAUGUUUUAAAUAUUUGCUCACUGACUAACUUUAGCGUCUAAUAAGGAGCGUUUUCUCAAGCCGUUUUUUCAAAAUUUAUCUACCCUUUAAACACAAAUUUG